AAAACAAUCAAAAUACUAACUGUGUAUUCUGUUUACUUACUAAAUAAUAAGAAAAUGAGCUUUUUGUUUAAUCCUUUGGUUUUUGAAUCAACUCCAACUAGAAAUAACAUUCCUGUUUAUGCCCAACAAGGAACCAUUCCAAGAUAUUUGAACCAACAAGUUUAUGUUCCUACUCAAGUCACUUAUCAAGAACCAUCUCUUCAAUUCAAAGUUUUUGCUUUCGACAAGUUGAAUGGUAAUAGUAGAUUGAAUUUUGGUGAGGCAUCAAAUGUUUACAGAUUCGAAUUAUUUCAAAAUAGAUCCCUUCAAGGAUUUUUGAAUGUUUUGAAGAGUAAUGGUAUUUCUGCUCAAUCUCACAAGUUUUAUUAUGUUGAUGAUGAACAAGAUUUGGUUGUCUUGUCUACUGAGUAUGAUUUCAAGUACAUGUUAAAGAUUUUAAAGGGAAAUGCUAUUAAGAUUGUUUGUGAAAAGAUUCCACAACCACAACCUGUAUGCCAAAGAUCUCAUCCAAGAACUAAUUGUGCAGCUGGAUUUAGAAAUCUUCCAUUCUUUAUGAAACCAAUUUUUGAAAAGGAAGAAGAAAAAGAAGAGCAUUUAAUUGAACAAGCUUUGGAUUCAGUUUUUUCUGGAAUUUUUGAAAAGAAACAAGAAAGACCUCAACCAAAUAACUCACAAUUCAAUACUCAAAGAGUGAGAACCAUUAGAUUGUCUGAGUUGUUGAAGAAUGCUCAAAAGGAAAAGCAAGAAAAGAAGGAAGAAAAGCAAACAAGAUCAUUUGAGGAUUAUCUUGCUGAAUUGUUUGGAAAGAAACUUGCCGAAAGAAGAAAUCAAGAAGGAGAGCAAGCCAAGAAGGAAGAGUCAAAGGUUGAAGAAAAGAGUGUUCCACAACAACAACAAGAAUCAACUGUUGAAGAAAAGAAAGAAGAGCUGAAGGAAGAAUCUCAACCUGAAGAAAAGAAGGACACACCAUUCUUGUCCACUUCACAAAUUAUUUCAAAUUAUUUAAUUGAAGAUGAGGAAGAAGAUAUUGUUACAGAUGAAGAUGAUUACGACUCUGAUGAUCAAUCAUCAGUUGCUUCUGAACAAGUCAACCAAACUGAAGUUCAAUAUCCAACUAUUUCAGCAGAAGAAGAAUCAUCAAAUACAAUUCCAGAAACUUCCAAUGAAGAACAACCAUCCUACGAAAAUGAAUUGAAAUUACUCUCAGAUAUGGGAUUCACCAAUACAAGUGAAAAUCUCACAUUAUUGAACAAGUACUCUGGUGAUGUUCAAAGAACAGUCUCUGAAUUAGUUUACUACUAUUAAUCUCAAUAACCUUAAACAUGCACUCUGUAAAUAUGUAAAUAAUAAAUGAAAAAGCUCAGAAAGUCAUUG